GUAUUCAGUUGGUUCUGUUAGCUCGAUACGUGCCGGUCGAGAAGUGACUCUAAACGCGUCGCCGCCAUCAUCAUUGCUCACCCAACAAACUUCAGUACUUUUUUUCUAUACGUUCGUUGUUUUCAAUCGGCAGCAGAGGAUUACACAAGGAGGAGAUUGUACACAUAAAAUACAAAAAAGUCUAUAGAUAAACCAUGGCGGAAGAGUCAGCCAUGGACCGCUUUUGCGGUUCCGAAUUUUGGAAUUCCAGUUUGUCGUGGUGGACAGAAGAUCCCGAUCUAACACCCUGCUUUGAACAAACUGCAUUAGUUUGGACACCAUGCGCCUUCUUCUGGCUGUUUAUGUUGUUUGAUUUCUGGUACCUCAAGGCCAGUUUGGACAAGAAUAUUCCAUGGAGUAAAAUUAGCAUUGCUAAGUUGCUCUUCACUAUCGGACUAUUGGUGAUUACCAUCCUCGAUCUAAUCAUGGCCUUUGUGAAGAAGGGCGGCGACUCUGAGCUGCCCAGGUACUCCCUUGACGUCUGGGGACCGAUUAUCAAAAUUGCCACAUUUCUGCUGGUUUUGCUCUUCAUUCCGCUGAACCGCAAGUUUGGCGUGCAGACAUCGGGUUGCCAGUUCAUGUUCUGGUUCCUCUUUGUCAUUCUCUCGAUUCCACGCUGUCGCACUGAAGCUCGAGCUCAUCAACAGCGUAAUGAGAUACUCGACUCGAAUCAGGAGGAGAUACCUGACUACUCCUGGGAGGAGUAUCAGUUUGUCAGCUUCUUCAUCUUCUAUGCCUUCGCUUGUGUCAUGCUGUUCCUCAACUGCUUCUCCGACGCGAUGCCACGUCAGACCAAAUAUAAGCGUGGCCCGAAUGAGAUUCCCGAGCUCUCGGCCAGUUUCCUGUCACGCAUCACAUAUCGUUGGUUCGAUAGCAUGGCACUGAAGGGUUACCGCAAUCCUCUCGAGGAAGAUGAUCUCUGGGACUUGCGCCCUCAGGAUAGCUGCAAGGAAGUCAUGCCUACGUUCGCCUAUUACUGGAAUAAAAAUGUGCGUAAAAACUACAAACAGGCGGCUCAAACAUCGGAACCGAAGGCACAGUUCGCCAAUGGCAAAGUCUCGUUCGAGAAUCCCCAGGGCAAUGGACGCAAGAAGGGCAUGGCUAGCAUUAUGCCGCCCAUCUACAAAUCCUUUGGCGGCAUCUUCUUGUUUGGCUCAUUCUUCAAACUUAUCGCCGAUGUACUGACUUUUGCUCAACCCCAAGUGCUGAGCUUGAUCAUUGGCUAUGUGGAGGCUUUUGAAACGACGCCACAACCCGAAUGGAAGGGUAUUCUGUAUUCGGUGUUGCUCUUCGUGCUGGCCAGCAUACAAACCUUUAUAUUGGCACAAUAUUUCCAUCGCAUGUUCAUCGUUGGUCUGCGCAUCAGAACAGCGCUCAUCAAUUGCAUUUAUCGCAAGGCUUUGCGCAUCUCGAACGCGGCUCGUAAGGAAUCGACUGUGGGUGAAAUUGUCAAUCUGAUGGCUGUGGACGCACAACGUUUCAUGGAUCUGACCACGUACUUGAACAUGUUGUGGUCGGCACCGCUGCAAAUCGGUUUGGCGCUGUAUUUCUUGUGGCAGGAAUUGGGACCCUCGGUGCUCGCCGGUCUCGCUGUGAUGAUCAUCAUGAUUCCCUUGAACGGCUUCAUUGCCAGUCGCAUCAAGACCUAUCAGAUUCAACAGAUGACCUACAAGGAUAAGCGUGUCAAGCUCAUGAAUGAAGUCUUGAGUGGCAUCAAGGUACUUAAACUUUACGCCUGGGAGCCGAGCUUUGAGAAGCAAGUUUUGGACAUACGUGAUAAGGAAAUUGCCACACUGCGCUCCACCGCCUAUCUGAAUGCCAGCACAUCGUUCCUCUGGUCUUGUGCCCCAUUUUUGGUAUCACUGGUAACUUUUGCCACUUACCUGCUAACCGAUGAGGCGAAUCAGCUGAGCACUAAGAAGGUCUUUGUCAGCAUCGCACUGUUCGACAUUAUCAAAUUGCCGCUCACAAUUAUCCCUAUGCUGAAUGCUGACAUAGCCGAGACGCAAGUGUCCGUCAAACGUAUAAACAAAUUUUUGAACAGUGAAGAGCUGGAUCCUAACAAUGUGCAACACGACAAGUCCAGGCCUCAUCCCAUUAUCAUUGAGAAUGGCCACUUCUCAUGGGGCGAUGAGGAUGAGACUACGCUCAAGAAUAUUAGCAUGGAAGUGCCAAAGAAUAAUUUGGUCGCCAUUGUGGGCACCGUCGGCUCUGGUAAGUCCUCCGUGGUACAGGCCAUCCUGGGCGAAAUGGAAAAGAUUUCGGGCAGUGUCAACACGGUAGGCAGACUGGCCUAUGUGCCACAACAGGCUUGGAUCCAGAACGCCACAGUGCGCGAUAACAUAUUGUUUGGCAAGGCCUACGAUCGCAAGCGUUACAAUCGUGUGAUCGAUGCCUGCGCCUUGCGCACGGAUAUUGAAAUUCUAUCCGCUGGUGAUUUGACCGAAAUCGGUGAGAAGGGCAUCAAUUUGUCGGGUGGCCAAAAGCAGCGUAUCUCAUUGGCUCGCGCCGUCUACAAUGAUGCUGAUUUGUAUCUGCUCGAUGAUCCGCUGAGUGCCGUCGACGCUCACGUAGGCAAACACAUCUUUGAGGAAGUGAUCGGACCGAAGGGAAUGCUUAAGAACAAGACACGUGUGCUGGUUACCCAUGGCAUUACGUUCCUGCCCCAAGUGGACAACAUUUAUGUGAUGAAGGCGGGCCAGGUCAGCGAGAAUGGCACCUACGCCCAAUUGCUGAAAAACAAGGGCGCCUUUGCCGACUUCCUCAUCCAGCACUUGCAAGAUGGCGAAGAGGAGGAAGAGGAUCUCAAUCAAAUCAAACGUCAAUUAUCCGAAAAUGCCGAACCCGAACUGCUUGCACCCAUUGAGAAGGCCAUUAAGCUUGCGCGCACCGAGAGCUUGUCGGACUCCAUCUCUGUGACCUCAGCAGAUAGUUUGAUGGGACGUGGCAGUCUGCGUCGUCGCGCCAGGCGACAGGAGUCGUAUGAUUCAGCAGCUUCGGCUGCCUCCCUGAAGCGCAAGCAGGAGGUCGAGGGCAAGCUGAUUGAGACAGAAAAGUCACAAACGGGCGGCGUUGAAUUUGCCGUUUACAAGCAUUACAUCAAGAGCGUUGGCAUCUUCCUCUCUGUGGCCACACUUGUGCUCAACUUUGCGUUCCAAGCAUUCCAAAUCGGUUCAAAUAUCUGGCUCACCCAAUGGUCCAAUGACAAAGAAGUCGAAACUAAUACAGCAAAGAGAGAUAUGUACUUGGGUGUCUAUGGUGCCUUCGGUUUUGCUCAAGGAUUGUUUGCCUACUUUGGUAACGUGAUUGUCUACGUUGGCGGCCUCAGAGCGGCACAAAUCAUCCACAACGAUCUGCUGCGUAUUGUUAUGCGCGGCUCCGUUUGUCGCUUUUUCGAUAUAACGCCAUUGGGACGCAUUUUGAACAGUUUCAGCGGAGACAUGGAUGUUGUCGACGAAGAAUUACCCGGCACUAUGGACUCCCUUAUGUCCUUCCUUUGGAUGGUUCUCGCCACCAUUGUGGUUAUUAGUAUAUCGACGCCGAUUUUCUUGGCUGUCAUUGUGCCCAUUGGAUUUAUCUACUACUUUGCGCAACGCUUCUAUGUGGCCACCUCACGUCAGCUGAUGCGUUUGGAGUCCGUUUCCCGUUCGCCCAUCUAUUCGCACUUCGGCGAAACCGUCACCGGAGUCUCCACGAUUCGUGCCUACACUGUGGAGGAUCGCUUCAUUGAGGAAUCGGACAACAAGGUGGACAAGAAUCAGGUGUGCAAGUAUCCUUCACUGAUUGCCAAUCGUUGGCUCGCCAUCCGCCUGGAAAUGGUCGGCAAUCUGAUCAUCUUGUUUGCCUCGCUCUUCGCUGUGCUUGGCGGACAAUCGAAUCCCGGUCUGGUUGGUCUGUCGGUCAGCUAUGCGCUGCAGGUGACCCAAACCCUUAACUGGCUGGUGCGCAUGUCCUCGGACAUUGAGACAAACAUUGUAUCCGUGGAGCGUAUCAAGGAGUAUGGCGAGACCAAGCAGGAAGCCGCCUGGGAACUGGAGGAGGACAAGAAGAAGCCCAAGAACUGGCCCGCCGAUGGUCGCGUCGAGUUCAGCAACUUCCAAGUUCGUUAUCGCGAGGGUCUCGAUCUCGUGCUGCGCGGCGUUAGCUUUAACAUCAGCGGCGGCGAAAAGGUCGGAAUUGUGGGACGCACUGGCGCCGGAAAAUCCAGUUUGACGCUGGCACUGUUCAGAAUCAUCGAAUCUGCCGGUGGUAAAAUUAUUAUCGAUGGCGAGGAUAUUGCUCAGCUGGGUCUGCACAUGCUGCGUUCCCGUUUGACUAUCAUCCCACAGGAUCCAGUGCUGUUCUCUGGAUCACUGCGCGCUAAUCUCGAUCCCUUCGAUGUGAAGACCGACGAAGAAAUCUGGAAGGCACUCGAGUUGUCUCAUUUGAAGGCAUUUGCCAAGGGACUGACAUCCGGUCUCAAUCAUGAGAUUAGCGAAGGAGGCGACAAUCUGUCUGUGGGUCAACGUCAAUUGGUUUGUCUGGCCCGUGCUCUGCUCCGUAAAACGAAAGUUCUGGUGCUUGAUGAGGCCACAGCUGCUGUCGAUUUGGAAACCGAUGAUCUGAUUCAGAAAACAAUUCGUAGCGAGUUCAAGGAUUGCACUGUGCUAACAAUUGCCCAUCGAUUGAAUACGAUUAUGGACUCAGAUAAGGUUAUUGUGCUGGACAAGGGACAGAUUACAGAGUUUGCUUCGCCCACCGAGCUGCUGGACAAUCCCAAGUCGGCCUUCUACAGCAUGGCCAAGGAUGCCAAUCUGGUUUAGAAUAAAUACCAAAACAAUAACGAAACUCAUAUAGCAAACAAAACAAACAAACAAACAACAAAUUCUAGAAGUGUAAUUAGACAUCACAAUUUAGCGAUAGCUUAAACAAAAAUUCGUGAAAUUCAUCGUUAAAGUGCUCUACCUCAGCGGAAGCAACUAUAUAAUUAACAACAAUAGCAACAACUACAACUACAGCUGAAAAUUAUAACACGUACAAUCCCAGCAUUGUUUGUUUUGGGUGUGCAAUUUAGUGAAUACCAUAAAAAUGUUCAUUAGCUUAAGCCGAAAAGUUCAAUUAGGCGCUGACAGGUUUUCUCUAGUACAUUAACUAAAAAUGUAUUAUGACAUAUAAGAUAUGUGGACAUAAUAUGAUUGUCUGUACAUACCACGUGUAUAUGUACUUAGGUUUUUUAUGUAUUGUACUUAUGUAUAUAUGUUGUCGACUACUCUAUAUACUCGUAUAUGUACUUAUAUGAAUUUACCUGCCAAGUUUAUUUUUGUAUGCAACGUUUACAAACAAGCGAUAGAGCCGAAUGCAAAAAAUGCGUUCAUUCGAUAACUCAAAAGGUCAAAAAUCAUACGACAUUCACACUUAUGAAUCGUACUUACUACAAAUUAAAUAAAAACCUCUUAAGAAUUUGCCUUCAGAUGAUUAAAUCACAUAAGAUUAAUACAGAGUAGUUAAUAAAAUUUUGCAACAUUUUGUAAAAUGUGUACUUAAAAAACUAAAAGGUAACAAAGUGAAAUUGUAAUGAUAAGUACAAAUAAAAUCCACUUAACCAAUG